UACCGGCUUCUGUGCGCAUGUUCCAAUGGCUUUUUGUGUCGUCGCUCAUUCUCCAUUGGCUCUCUCUCCACUCUGCGCUCAGCCUUCACACACACCAGACCAGCUCUUCACACAGCUGAGUGCGUGCGCCCAACGUGUGUGCGUGUGUGUGUGCAUCCAACCAACGCUGCCUGGACCGGACUCAGCUUCCCACGCCGCUCUGAAGAGGAAAAAUAUGGAGAAAAAGAGCGCGAUCAACGGGCACAUGCCCAGCUCGGCGUCCACCGAUCGGAUCCUGGAGAAAAGCGCGCGGAAGAGCUUCAGGGAGAAGCUGAUGGAGUUCCUGGGAAAGAACCUGCUGGUGAUCAUGACGGUGUCGGGGGUGCUGGUGGGCAUCGGGCUCGGGAUGAUGGUCCGCAAAAUGGACCUGACCAAGGCGCAGAUGACCUACUUCGCCUUCCCCGGAGAGAUGCUCCUCCGGAUGCUGAAGAUGAUCAUCCUGCCCCUGGUCGUAUGCAGCCUCGUCUCCGGCGCCGCCAGCCUGGACACUCGCUCCCUGGGCAAGCUGGGGGGCAUCGCGGUCGCCUACUUCCUGGUGACCACGCUGAUCGCCUCGGGGAUCGGGGUGGCCCUGGCCUUUAUUAUCAAACCCGGCGUGGGCGCAGGAGCCCUGAACACCAACAGCCUGGGGCUGGAGAGCGUCAGCAGCAACAAGGAGACCGCAGACUCCUUCUUAGACCUGGCCAGGAAUUUAUUCCCAGCAAACUUGGUGGCUGCUGCUUUCCGUUCUUAUGCCACUGACUACAAGAUGGUUGCUGUAGGGAACGACACCAAUGGGACUGCCCUCUAUCAAAAGGUUCCUAUUGGUACAGAAGCAGAUGGCAUGAACAUCCUAGGUCUGGUGUUAUUUGCCAUGGUGUUUGGAGUGGCGCUGAGGAAGCUGGGAGAUGAGGGAGAAGAACUCAUUCGUUUCUUCAACGCUUUCAACGAGGCCACCAUGGUGCUGGUGUCCUGGAUCAUGUGGUAUAUCCCUUUUGGCAUCAUGUUUCUUGUGGGCAGUAAGAUUGUGGAGAUGGAAGAUGUGGUUCUUCUGGUCACUAGUCUGGGAAAAUACAUAUUUGCUUCAAUCCUGGGCCACAUUAUCCACGGAGGUAUCAUCCUGCCACUAAUCUACUUUGGCUUCACACGCAAGAACCCCUUCAGUUUCCUGUCAGGCCUCAUCACGCCCUUCACUACUGCCUUCGCCACCUGCUCCAGUUCAGCAACUCUUCCCUCUAUGAUAAAAUGUGUGGAGGAGAACAAUGGUGUGGAUAAACGCAUCAGCCGCUUCAUCCUUCCCAUCGGGGCCACUGUCAACAUGGAUGGGGCGGCCAUAUUCCAGUGCAUCGCUGCUGUUUUCAUCGCUCAGCUUAACAAUGUUGAUCUGAACGCUGGACAGAUCUUUACCAUCUUGGUGACAGCCACAGCUUCAAGUGUCGGUGCAGCAGGCAUCCCAGCCGGCGGCAUCAUUACCAUCGCCAUCAUCCUGGAGGCCAUCGGCCUGCCGACCAACGACCUGUCCCUUAUGCUGGCUGUUGACUGGAUUGUGGAUCGUACCACCACGGUGGUGAACGUGGAGGGCGAUGCUCUGGGUGCUGGAAUUCUCCAUCACAUCAACCAGAAGGAGAUUAAGAAGCAGAAGGAGCAGCAGCAGCCGCAGGAGGAAGGGGAGCUGGCAGAGGUCCUGGUGGAGGUGGUGGCCAAAGUCCAGGCGGAGGAGGAGAACUCGCUGUACAUCAUUCACCAAACCAAAGCCAUGCCUGAAGCCAUUGAGUCGGUCCUGUGAACUAAGCGAGACUUUUUCUCUUGCCCCCUGACCUAUCGAUACUUCUGAUGUUGCUGCUGACCGGAUACCAUUCUGACUCAGUAUCCAUUAAAAAAAAAAAA